ACGAGGGGAUUCCCCAUAAUAAUAGGCUUAUUGAAACCAAUUUGUAACGCACUUCCUUCCCAUGAUUCGGAGAACUAAACAGAAGCGAAAGCAUAAUGUUCUUUUUACUGCUGUCAUUAUUCGUUCCAUGAGUAUUCAACACUGACAUUUACCAUAACCGAUUGAUGGUUGUUUAAAUGGCGGGCUUUUCCUUUAGCUGGAAAGAUGUGAAAGAAAUUGGCAACCAAGCCUUGAACGCUGGUGACUAUAAACAAGCCACGGAACACUAUAACAAUGCCAUUUUUCUGGCAGAGAGUUGGGGUGCAGGUUUGAGAGAAAUUUCAGCAUUGUAUAGCAACAGGUCCUUCUCCCUUUCAAAGCUGGGACACAUCCAACAAGCUCUUCAGGAUGCUUUCCGCUGUAUUGACUUAAAUCGGAAGUGGUGUAAGGGAUACUGGCGAGCAGGACAAGCUUUGAAACUUUUGAAAAGGUCCCAGGAAGCUCUUCAGGCCUUCAGUGAUGGCUGUGCACUGGUGAAUGAAGAUGAUGGCAAAAACUUUCAUACUAAAGUUGACUUCAUUGUGGAAAUAGUAUCCUUGUCUCAUGAAAUUGGAAGCUGGAUAUACCUUGCAACACAUGUUAGAGCUCGUGAUAAUGUGUGGUCGCAGGUGCUGUUACGUAUGGCAAAAGAGAAAAAAUGGGAAACACUCUUAAUCCUGCUAAUGGGAACUGGAGUCUUCAGAAAGGAAUCUGUCAUGUUUAAUUACCAAGGAAAGUUCCCCAAAAUAAGCACUCAAAAGAUCUGUCUUACCAACUUAAUCAAGUACUGUGCAUCUCAAGCAGACCCUCGUUUUGUGCAUCUUGCAAUCAAUCUUCUGCAACAUGGAUCCAAGGAAACAGAUAUAACAUUAGAGACAGGAGACACUCCAUUUCAUGCAGCUCUUAGAAUUGCAGUGAGAACCUCAAAUACAGACCUUUUGUGGCAUUUGGUAAAUUCUAACCCAGACAGGGUUAAGGCAGUACAAGAUGCCCGUGGGGAUACUCUCCUGCACAAAAUGGCCAAAGCACUGGCAAGGGAACAAUCAAUUUUCUUUGGGGAAGUCACAUUUGAACUCAUGGAAAAAAUAGAUUCCAGCAUUAGAAAUAAAGAGGGAAAGCUUGCCAUAGACUACAUACCAAAGGGGAGUGCAUUGUAUGGUGAGCUAGACAGGAGGAUGAAGCAGAGCACAUCAAAAGGAAGAAAAGGGGAACAAUGGGGUAGACCUGCAACUGAUACCAUCAGAAAAACUGAGCUGAAACCUUCACCUCAACCCCCUCAACCCUACUUUGGUCAAACUGAUUUUAAGGGUGCUAGGCCCAAGGACGCACAGGCAGUUCACAAGGUUGAUGGAGGUGGAGAUGGAAAAAAGAGUCAACAGUAUGGUAAACCUGCAUCUGGUGGCAAGAAAAAAGUGAAGCAAAAGCCAGGUGUACAACAAUCAUUUGGUCCUGAAUCCCCCAGGGGACAACUUGACUCAUAUUCCAAGGGUGCCAGGCCUAAGGAUAUACAUGUUGUACACAAAGUUGAUGAAGGUGGGGAUGGAAAUAAUGAGCAGCCAGUAGACCUGUUCCAAAGGGGAAAAGAGUGCCUUGCCCAGUUGGAGUUUGAGAAAGCACUUGGAUCACUCUGCAAGUUCUUGGAGGAAAACAGCAGUGCCUCAAAACUGAAUGCUAAGGCAUCAGAGGCAUUAGAUAUUGUUGUAGACAAAAUUGUUCCUACUUUUAAAGAGAUCCCCUCUAGAAUCUCCUGCAAGUUACCUGAGAAGAUAUGGACACAGGUCAUUAAAAAGCUGGCCAGGAGUGGAAGAUGGCAAACAGUUCAGAAGUUGCUGCUUGGAGGGGGCAAUGGUCAUGAGAAAGGUCAAGGUGGUCUUGCAGACAACUGCAGCACUGCAGGAAUCUCCAUUGUGCAUUUCCUCAGCAGCCAUGAUGAAAGAGAUGUUAGUGUGCACAAAUAUGAUCUGGUAACUGCUCUCCUCAAGCAUGGGUGUUCACCAGAUGGUGUUGGUAGUGAUAAAAUAAAACCAUUAAGCCAUAGCCUUCAGAGUGAGGACAUGAAAAUGGUGAUGCUGCUGCUCAGGGAAGGAGCAAACCCCACCUCCCUCUCUCUCUCCAGCAAUGACACACCCCUGCAUGUAGCUCUCUCCAUUGGAAUGAAAGCUAAAGGUGAUUUCUCCUUGCUGGAACAGUUGUUUAAACUUUACUCAACAUGUCCAGAGAAGUAUCCAAUGCUAGAGCCUUCCUCUGUAGAUGGCACUGGAAACACCUUGUUCCAUGUGAUAGCAAAGGGCACCUGCUCUCCCCAUGCUGUGAAUGCUGCCAGGAUUCUGCUUCAAAACAAGGUCAACCCACUGGUGAGAAACAGGGAUGGUUUAACAGCAAUGCAGAUGUUGAAGAAGGGAAAUGACCGAAGGAUGCAGUAUAUGAAACAGGCAAAACAAUUCUAUCCAGAUUUUUCUCCUCCCACACCAAGAAAAAAGAAAGGCAAGCAGAAGGAAAAUGAGAAAUCAGCUGUUCUCCCUGCUGAUGAUGAAGUUACUGCUAAUGAAGCACUGGAUACAGCUCAAAAAGAUAUAACAUGCGGACAGGAUACAGCUCAGACAGACAUAACACCUCAUUUGUUGAAGAAAGAGGGCACAACUAGCAUUGUUCCAAAGAUGAAUAAAGAAGACACAAGGAAGAGAAUAUCUUCUCUCAUUUCAGACUUGCCACAAAUGGAACCCAAAAGAUGGAAAGAUGAUUCUGCAAGUAUGCUUUUGUCCAGUGCAGCCUCUGUUAAAGAUGGACAAGCAAAAGUUGAACAAGGUGUUUACAAUGAAAACUCUGGUGUAGGAAAAACAGCAGUAAUUGAAGAAGAUGAAAUCCAAAAUGACCUUGAGACUGAUCUACAGGAAAAUAAAUUCGAAGAAGAACCUCAAGAUGUUGACCCAAGCCUAUUUGAUGACUUGGUAUGGGAGGUAGAAUGCACAGCCAAUCUGUGGAAACUACUGCGGGAGAAAAAGUUGGAAAUCAAAAUGAAAAGAAGAAUCAUAGAGAAAAUCCAAUUCCUUGGCAAUGGCCACUGGAGACAAGAUCUCUGCAAGAGACUGGAGGGGGCUGCCAAAAAUGCUGGAAUGAAGUUGUAUGAGGCCAAGCUGACCAAAGGGGCUCGUAUUCUCUGGGAACUGGCCAUUGCUUUCUCUCCACGUUGCAGUGAGAGUGCUGAGCAGAGACUUGGCAUGGAAUCUAUCAAAGAAGGGGUGGUUGGAGGGAGAAUCUACUCUGAAGUCAUCCGAGUGUGGGAUGUUGUCUUUGAUCACGAUAAUGUCUCCAGGAAAAUUGACAGCAUUGUAACAUCUUUCAACAGAGGACAGGAAUGUAUUAUUCAGAAGAAACUCAAAGGCAUGGAACGCAAGGACUUCCCUUCACACAAGUUCACUGAUCAGAGAAUACCUAUGUAUUUCCACGAGGUGGACACAGAGGAGAAGGAGCCACCUAACCCUCUGCCACAUAUGCCUAAACCAGAAUCUUCGACCAAAUUCUUUCCACCAGCAAGUGCCAAUGAGACAGAGUACCACAUCAUGAAAUUCUAUUCAUUCACGUCGGCUCUGGUCAACAAUGUUCUUCUCAACCAAGACACCAAAGUAGACUUUCCUUUCAGGGUAACAGAAUUAGAGCAUGCCAUUAUCAACUUGAACNACAGCUGCCUCAAAAUAAUUAUUUAUAGAAUGUCUAGAGUUGUAACUAAAACCAAUUUAAAACCCAGUUGA